AUGAACGGCGAUGCUGGUCUCGUCGGCUGCCUGGUCGAUAGGCUCGCCACUAGGCUUCCCCACAGGACAGGAACCCACGGACAGGAGCUUCAGCAGGACGAUAUUGUCCUCAUCACGAGGUCCACCCUGGUCAAGAUUAGCACUUCUGCUCUCGCCUUUGUGCUCGAUUCCCUCGUCGCUCUCCUCGAAGAUAUAAUUCGAAACUACAAGGGCUUCCCCCCACUUGCACAUCCACCACAUGUUCUUCUUUCCGAGGUUUACGUACUUGCCUUGGCUGCCGACUGUUGUACCGCCCAUUGGGACCAUGUCAAGGCCCAAGGCUUUCGCCAACCUGCUGUCGGUGCCGACCCCCGCCGUGCGACUCCUACCGUCGUUCCAGAGCCGUUGGACGAGGCUCUUGUCAAUCGCGUUUUCGACUUGGUUAAGUGGCUUGUUGAGCCCAUCCCUGAGGGCUACGUCCUGCCCUCCUCCACCAUUCUCGAUGAUACACCGAGACACACCGACACCGUAGCCCGCUCCGCGAGCGGUCUUGCCUCGCCCCUUCCCGGUGAUACUGAUGCGUCCGAAGACGAUGACGUUCUACCCACUACUCAAGUCGCCGUUUUAGAGCCUUGCGUAAGGGUCAUUGUCGAGUACGUUACAGCCUCGACUUGGUCCUGUUCCUUCGACUACUUCAGAAACGUUGUGUACACUGUCCGUACCGCAGCUGUUGUGCAAGCUGCCCCUGGUCAGUCGGCCGCUACACCGGACGACGACAAGGCCUCCCUAGCGGUGCUCAAGAUAUUGUCCUUCUUCUGGGUCGAUGCUCAAAAGCUCGGUCUUAUCAUUCAGGAGAUAUGUUCCAGCUUUUUGCAUUUUCGAAAGUCCUUCCAGAACACGGUAGCCGUUGUUGCCCCUUUACUCAUUACUAGGUGGCUCGACCGAUAUCCCCAUGAGUUCGUGCAGCAACACACUUUACACAAGCGGCUUGACGGCGGCGCUGAUACCUUGUUUGACAUGACACAAACCGUGGUUGAUAACGGUCGCAAGAAGGGAAUGCUGUAUCCCUUGCAAACCACUCUGCUCUUCCUACUACCCGACGUGUUCGAAGUGGCUAGUAAUCUCCGAGAGGCCAAAAGCAGUAGUAUGGCCAAGAAGGUCGGUUUCUUGGACAACCUCAGGAAGGCCCUCAGGAACAAGAACGAGCAAGCCGCCUACUCUUUGGUGUCUUUACUUAGGGCAUCACGCCACUUCGUUGCAGAAGAUGACGCGGCGCUGGUGAGCUACGCCAUGGAUGUACAAGAUGAGGUUCGCGAGGCCGUCUUUCGCCGGGGCAAUGACUCGUCCUUGUUUGAUCAAGACAUGAUGACAGCAGCUUUUGUGAGCUUGGCUGAACUAAGCCUGGACAGCUGUGUCGGCUCGCUCAACCAGUCGUACCUCAAUCUAUCUUCACCACUGGCCUUCAAGACGGCCGUCGUGCAAGGUUGCCGUUACUUUGCGCGCCAGAGCGACUCGCAUAUUUAUGAGCAACUGUUUGCCGUGGCAGGGCCGUUUAUGCGUACUCAGCUUAAGGUCGUUGCAGAUUCACCUGCAGAAUCCACUACCGUGGCUCUUGCGCUGCCGCGUCGUGACUCGAACCUUCACUCGUUUACAAACAUGGCAUGUGAUGUUCUCAAGUUCUUGGAUGCGUCGCCUCGGUCUCUUUUCGAUGGCGAUGGACAGGGAGAAUCUAUUGCUGUCGCGGUCGAUGAGGAUGUCUUCCUCUCCUUUCUGUCGUGCGUCGUAUCCGCCAACCCUACCAUCCGAAGACUUGCCACAGGCGUUGCGAAACGGCUCUUCUCCGAUGAUUCCAUACUAGAUAUCAUCCGCUCCCGCGGCAGGCUGAGCUCAGCAGCGCUCAAGAGAGAGUUUUGGAGACGCAGCUCGCUGGUUCUGCUGAACAUGUGCAACGAUGUAACUUCUGACGGAGACGGACCAGAAAUCAAGGCUAUUCAUGAAUACCUGGAGGCCCGCAAGUUCUUGCUGGCAUCACUGCGUCUUGACGCCGGCGCGUAUCAACCGGUUUACAAAACUGACGAGACCUUUCUUCGCUCUCAGGAGCUCUCAGACAUGCCCGAUGGUGUUCCCGAAAUCGAGGGAGCUUCAUCUAGACUUGAGACGACUCUUCUCGUCUCCUUGUGUUCUGCCGACGUCGACACUUGCCAGACAGUGACAGCGUGUAUAGGGCUUUUCUAUGAGGAAAACAACCUUGUCGAUAUUGCCUCGGAUGCUGCUAAAGGAUUUGCCACACUUCUUCGCAACGGCGAGGUUUACGGGGAAAUCGCUUCUCGAGCAUUCCGGUUCACCGGGCUCGUAGCAUUCCAGAAGAGGGUUCGUGGCCUGCUCCGCCGGUUGCAGUAUCCCACGAGCGGCAUUCUCUCGGCCUGGGAAUACGGCUUCGAGAGGUGGCUUCUCCUUUCGAGAGAAGUCUCUAUGGCGCCAGUUGAUGCUGUGGAUGACAGGACCCUGACUGAAUGGCGAAAUUACUCGGGCUUUCUAGCGUCCCUAGGGGGCAUCUGCACCGCAAACCAGGCAAUCAUCCUUGAGGAGCCCGCUCUCAGCGGGUUGAGAUGGAUUGACAGGCUCCCUUCAGAAAACCAUGAAGAGCCUCUGUUGGGCAGAUAUCUGAAGCUCAGCAUCCAGCUUCUAGGCUGUGCAAGCGUCAGGAUCAGAGAGGCCACCCGAGAGGUACUUUCGAGUGAGGUUUCAUCCACGCUCUAUCAGUCACUCUUUAAGGCUCUCGAGUCCGAACUGGAGGUCCUGUUCACUGGCGCUUUGGCACCCAGCGACAAGGCACAGGAUGUCGAAAUCAUCUUUGCCGAACAGGCUAUUUCUCUCUUGAAGGCGCUCGUGGAGCGACUCGAGAGUCCUUCAGACCUCGGUGCCGCCUCAGCUAUACACCUCGGUGCUCUCGCUCUCAACUUCGCCAAGUUCCUCGACGGCGUUAGCGACAGCACCAACACCCUACGGGUCAAAAUCAAGGUGUGCCAGCUGUGUGAGGCUGUCACGAAAAGGAAAGAGCAUCUGAAUCUUAGAGACGACGUCCGGAUCAGAAAUCAGCUCCUCGAGUACAUCUUCGGUUGGAUUGCUCGCCCUCGAUCUCCGCGCCUCGACUCGACUACCAGCAGCUCGGGCGGUCGUCUCGACGAGGUUGUGAGGGUGCAAAAGGACCUCGACAAAGCAUGUCUAAAAUCGCUGGCCGAGCUUACGUUCCGCCUCCCGCUGCAGCCCGGCGAGGGACAGACCGAUGCUGGCACAAGCGAGCUCAAGUCGCAGAUGUUCCACACCUACUUUAACCGUUUUCUAUCGUUGCUCAACCACGAGUCUCCCGAGGGUGGCAGAAACGAACUCAUGGCAGGCAUCUCGAGCCGAGACGAAGGCGGGUCUUCGUCAGAAUUUGCCAUCACUAUACUCUCGAACCUGCUCAGCGCCAACAUCGACGUCGGCCUGAAGCACUCCUUGAACAUUGGUUACCACGACAACGUCGAGAUCAGGACGGCCUUUGUUAAAGUCCUGUACAAUAUACUCAUCCAAGGCACAGAGUUUAGCAACUUGACAGAUGCUGCCGUCAGUGAGAAAUAUGACGAGUUGCUUGAGCUCCUCACCAAGGACAUGACCCUUGUGGCCGCCAUGAGUGCUGUGUGUCCAAGUAGCGAGGUUGAUGAGCUGACCGUCUCUCUACUUACCAUCUUUGAGCACCGCGGUCUCAGCUUCGAGCUGCUAGAAGUCCUCAUCAAGCAAGAGAUCGAGGAAACAGACAACGAAUCCGAGAUUUUGCGGCGUACUUGCGUGGCAACCAAGAUGCUUUCCGUUUAUGCCAAAUGGAAGGGGCAACCGUACCUGAAGGCCACUCUUCAGAAGGUUGUCGAAAGGCUAAUGCUCACCUCCAAGGAUUUGGAUCUUGAAUUGGACCCAGCCAGAGUCAGCUCUACGGAUGAGCUGCAGAAGAAUGCUCUCCAACUGCGUAUUGUCGCCAAGGUAUUCAUUGACGACAUUUGUGCGUCGUCCUCCAGCAUGCCGGCCUCAUUCCGAAAGAUCUGCAACAUUAUUUCUACCGCCGUACUUCCGCGGUUUCAAGAAGCCAAGUACACAGCUGUGGGAGCCUUCGUGUUUCUCAGGUUCUUCUGCCCGGCCAUUGUUGCGCCUGAGGUUGAGGGUCUGGUCACGACGAUACCUUCCAAAGAAAUGCGUCGGGGUCUUCUCCUGAUUGCCAAGGUUAUCCAAAACCUGGCAAAUAACGUGCUGUUCGGGGCCAAGGAGCCAUACAUGUUCCCUUUAAACGACUUUCUCACCCAAAACAUCUAUCGUGUUACCACUUUUUUGCGCGAGAUAUCUGUGCAUCCUGAGAAUCUGGAAACUCCGCCCACCACAGAAUCGUUCGACUUUGGCUCUUGCGUCGCUUUGCACAGGUUCUUGUAUGACCACUGGGACCAUAUGCGGCAAAGACUCGUGACCCAAGAGCGAAGGGAUUUUGUCCGGUCGCCCGCCGAGGUAUCUAGGGGUCGGUCGCCUGUUCUUGAACCACUUCGGAACCUCAUCACGAAUUUGGGACCGCCGCCUUUGGCUGUGACCUGGAACAGACCACAAAUAUCGACAAACACCCCGCCCUCGUACUCGCGAUUUCAGAACUUCAUGCUUCGAAACGCCUUCCGCAGCACCGAAUCCUUCAUCACGGCUAGGGCCGUCUACGACGGUGGUGAGAGCAAGGAUUCUCUCUCCAUUAUUUGCAUCAUUCUGCGACACAUUGAUGCUGAGAGCAUAGAUUACGACACACUCUUGUACUGCUACCUGAAGAUUGCAAGUCGUCUGUGGCAUAAACCCUUUGGUCUCCUCAUCGACGCCACAUGUUACAAUGGGCAGAACGAACCCCAAGACGAUCUUUUCAAGAAACUCGAACAACUCACACCCGUCGAGCUGUCCAAGAAUCUUGUCAGGAUCUAUGUCUACAACAUGAACAGCGCAUUCAGUGUUUUCAAUCCUAAGAACGUCGACUAUCAUUUGAUCGGCAGUCUACAGGAUUUACAAGCUCAUUUCCAUCUCAGCCAGCUGCAUCUCCCCAAAGAGACAAUCAGUGUUGUCACAGAUACCCGUUAUGUGUUCCAGCCAAUUACUCGACUGUCCAAGACAAAGGGUAAAAUUGAAGUGGUCAUUAAGGUUGGCAGCCAGUUUGUACAGGUCACUACGACCAAGAAACAGGAAGUCUUCCCAGGAUACAGGCUGAGCACUACCGUCAACGACAUCUUCAGACUCGGCGAGGUGGAAGAAGCGCCAACUUCAAUUCAGACAGAGGACGACUCGGCUUUUGGCCUACGUGCAGACAACGGCAAGAUUGUCAUGUACUUCACCAGCCCCAAAAAGAUCGACGUGCUCCAGACAAUUCGCGGUGCAAAGGCCAAGUAUGGCAAGGACACAAGAGCACACAAGGCCUACGAGCGAUUGAUUCGUCCGCAAGAUGUGCCAGGUACUCUACUCAACCUUGCCUUGACGAACCUGUCAAGCUCCGAUCAUGUGCUGAGGCUUUCGUCGUACAACCUCCUCGGGGCCCUAUGCAAGGCUUUCAAGUUCGGCGCAGCUUCGAAUUUGAUGUGCACCAAAGACGUGUCUGUUCCGAUGGACCCUUCUCAUUUCAUCAUCAAGAUUAGCCGACAACUCGCAACGUCUGAACCACAGCUGACGUUUGACUUCUUAACCGAGUUCUUUGUUGGCUGGGAAACCUUUACAGAGGAGCAAAAACCUCUUAGUCUCGCGUACAUGGCACCAUGGCUGCAGGGCUUACGAACGGCCGUUCUGGCAAACGAGCCCGACGCCGAAAAGGGCAAGGAGAAAGUUGCUGCCCUGUUCCGGAAACUCAUAGAUGUGGCCAUGUCGGACCACGGCCUGACAUACACGCUGGAGCAAGUCGUCUGGCCCGCCAUUUAUCAGGACGAAACAAUACUUGACAUUUUUCUCGAGGAGCUCAUGAGGGCAGCAUUGAGCUUUGGCUUCUCUGAAGAGCCCAUGGAAGGCUUAUCUUCCAUCGUUUCAGGUAUGGGCAGCAUCACGUUGCGGGGCAAGGUGAUUUCUCGAUUGCGCAAGGCGUUGAAUCGUUCUUCUCUUCGACCCACAAAGUAUUUGCCCGACAAUGCUGUCUGGGCCGAGAUCUGCGUCUUGCUACACUUUUGUCUGUCACUGUCUUUCGACAACGGCGUUCAGUCUCAGCUAUAUCUGCCUGAGAUCUUCCACAUCGUCACCAUCUUGGCAAACACGGGCGCUCCAGAGGUACGCUUGCUUGUGCACAGACUCCUUGUAAACACUGUCCACGCAGCUUGUACUUCCUUCAACCUUGACGACACUCGAUUCAACAAGCUCAGGGGGAGCUUGGAUUUCCUCAGCGAGCCCAGAAGCGAAAUCUUCUCAGCACCACCUCCUUUCUUGCGCGACGGCGCUUCCAUGUCAACAACACAAGAAGCUGGCCCUUCGCUUACUGCCACUGAGAACCUGGCCGCCGUCCUAUUUGAGGUCUGCUCGGUCGCAGCACCUUCAGUCGACAUCUCCAACGCCUGGAGGUCUCGGUGGAUGAGUCUGGUCGCCAGUACUGCUUUCCAAAACAACCCAGCCAUCCAGCCUCGAGCUUUUGCCGUCAUGGGGUGCCUAGCGCGGGAAGAAGUGGAUGACGAUCUACUCUAUCAAGUACUCGUCGCUUUGCGGAACAGUGUAGGUCGCUUGGGUGAGGAUACCAACAGUGACAUGCUCAUCUCCAUUGUCACAUCCUUGUCCAAAAUGAUGGCUAAACUACCCUCGGCAUCUCGAUACGGGCUGCAACUCUUCUGGUUGGCAAUUUCACUUUUGCGACUGGUCCCUCCGGCGCUGUUCAAUUGCACGGCCCAGUUCUUGGAGGCAGUUAUGACUAACAUUAGUACUGUGGGGGACUUGAGGGGGGACAAGAUGGGACCUCUACUCCUUCAGGGUCGGGUCCAGCUCGAAGAGGCUGCGCUGCCUCUAGAUGACGCUUACGGCAUUCACUUCACGGUAGAGAACUUCCACUUCGCGGUCUGUGCCUGUCUCGCCCGGGGCCUUGCCGACACCACAACCAAAACCAACGCCACCAGAGUACUGUCGGCUUUCUUAGACAUGGCUGGCAGUCCUCCAGGAGACACUGGCAAGCCGUCGGAUGACAUUUCUCGAUCGCCUUACAUGGCCCUGAUCCUUGCCCGGACUGUUGGGAGCGAUGAGCUCAGGGAUAGUCUAUGGCUUGCUGGAAUCAACCCUUUACUUUUGGGGGAUGUCGCUGGGACGCAACGAUACGAGGAUCUCGGUGGCAUGAAGGACAAAGACCUCCUCCUGAACACGGCUAUCGAACUGAUCGAUUUCCAGUAUCUGGAGGAUGCGCUACAGAAUCGGACACUCCGAUGGUUGACAGAGCUCGCAACAGCUAGACCAGCCGUCAUUAUGCACCUGUAA